AUAAAAAGGUAGGAACGAUCGACAUUUAUAAAUAAGUAGUCAGAUUUGUGAGCUACGUUUUUAGCGUUAUGAUCUGCCAAACAAGAAGGUUAGCUUUAUCAUUACUGUGUAAGUUGUAAAUUUUGUGAACACAGUAUUCCUAACAUUCAAAUCUCAGUUUAAAAUGGGGAAAUUAAGGAGAACGCACAAAUGGAAAGGAAGGCAGCAAAGUGAAACACAGCAACCAGUACGAGAGAGCACGGAUGUUGUGGUAGAAAUACAAGAUGGAGCUCAGUUGAAAGGUGUGGAUGAGAGCAACGCUCUGGUUCUUCCAGCCACCAAGCCCAAGAAGAAAAAAGAAACACGGUCGUCCGUUUCCACCAAGAAGCCGCUAUCAAAGAAGCAGAAAAAAGUGUUGCAGAAGGUUCUGGAGCGUAAGGAAAAGAAAACUCAGAGAGCAGACAUCCUGAGUAAACUGGCUGAGGUGCAGCUUCCAGAGUCUGAACUGAAACUUUUGUACACAACAUCCAAACUGGGAACGGGAGACAAACUUUACCAGAUUAAGCAGUUAUCAGAUGAAGUCAAAGAAGGAGAUUCUGGUCCAAAAAUCAGCAGUGUCAGCGGUGCAAACAGAAAGAGGAAAUGGAAGGAAGAGGAGGAAGAUAAUGAAGAGCAAAAAGAAGGAGAAAGCAGUGAUGAGGACACAUCAUCAGGGGAGGAAGAGGAGGAGGAGAAGGAGGUGAAUAACACCACAGAGGCAAGUGGAUCUAAGGAGACCAGUCCUCCUUGUAAGGAGAAAGACACUACCGGUAAACAUGAGCAGCCAGAACAGAUGGUCACAGAUGAACAGGAAGAAAAGAUUCUGGAUCAGAAGAAAGUCGUAAACAAAACGCCUGCAGAGCCGGCGGUCUUCAUUCCUGUUGACAGGUCACCAGAAAUACAGGAGGCCCGUCUGAAGCUGCCCGUGUUGGCAGAGGAGCAGGUCAUCAUGGAGGCAAUUGGAGAAAAUCCCUGUGUUGUGAUCUGUGGAGAGACGGGGAGUGGAAAGACCACACAAGUGCCUCAGUUUCUGUAUGAAGCUGGCUAUGCCAGUGGCAGUGGGAUUAUUGGUAUCACUGAGCCAAGGAGAGUAGCAGCUGUCAGCAUGUCUCACAGAGUGGCCAAAGAGAUGAACCUCCCCACACAGGUUGUGUCGUAUCAGAUUCGAUAUGAAGGCAACGUGACGAGUGACACAAAGAUCAAGUUUAUGACAGAUGGUGUCCUGCUGAAAGAGAUUCAGAAGGACUUUCUGCUUCAGAGAUACAAUGUAAUAAUCAUAGAUGAAGCCCAUGAAAGGAGCGUUUACACAGACAUCCUCAUCGGAUUGUUGUCUCGCAUCGUCCCGCUCAGGAACAAGAAAGGCAUGCCCAUGAAGCUGCUGAUCAUGUCAGCAACUUUGCGAGUCGAGGACUUCACCGAAAACCUGAAGCUUUUUAGGACGCCUCCGCCCGUCAUCAAAGUCGACGCUCGACAGUUUCCUGUCACUAUUCACUUCAACAAACGAACUCCGCUCGAGGAUUACACCGGAGAAGCUUUUCACAAGGCCUGCAAAAUCCACCGCAUGCUUCCUCCAGGGGGGAUAUUGGUGUUUCUGACUGGUCAAGCUGAAGUUCACAGUCUCUGCAGAAGACUCAGAAAAGCUUUCCCCUUCAGGAAAGGCAGCGCAACGGCUGCUGAAGAUGAGGAAGCAGACACUUCUGAGGCGAUGAGGAAAUUUAAGAAAGCCAAGUCGAAGAAAACUGUUUCUCUUCCUCGGAUCAACUUGGAUAACUACUCAGCCCUGCCCGUGGAUGAGGGGGACGAGGACAGAGAGGCGGGGAUUGGAGAUGAAGAGGACGGAGACUCAGACCUCGACCUUGGAGACGGUCCUGCUGACACAGAGGAGAAAGCCGAUCCGUCCAUCCCUCUGUAUGUUCUUCCUCUUUACUCUCUGUUGGGCCCUGCACAGCAGGCCAAGGUGUUCAGGCCUCCUCCGCCUGGUACUCGCCUCUGUGUCGUGGCCACGAAUGUUGCAGAAACGUCUUUGACCAUCCCUGGCAUCAAAUAUGUGGUGGACUGUGGUCGAGUUAAGAAACGUUUUUAUGACAGAGUGACGGGGGUGUCGUCCUUUAAAGUCACGUGGACCUCCCAGGCCUCAGCCAAUCAGAGGGCAGGUAGAGCUGGACGAACCGAGCCGGGACACUGCUACAGGCUGUACUCCUCUGCUGUGUUUGGAGACUUCAGUCUGUUCUCAGAGGCGGAGAUCACUCGCAGGCCUGUCGAAGAUCUCAUUUUACAGAUGAAGGACCUAAACAUAGAAAAGGUGAUUAAUUUUCCUUUUCCCACCCCUCCGUCCUCUGAGGCUCUGAUUGCUGCAGAGGAGCUGUUGGUCUCGUUGGGAGCGCUCGAAGAACCACCUCGAACUGGAAGGGUGAAAGAGUUGCAGCGAGCAAAGAUGAGCUGUCCCAUCACUCCUCUGGGCAGAGCGAUGGCUUCCUUCCCUGUGGCUCCACGUUAUGGGAAGAUGUUAGCUCUUGGGAAGCAGCAGGGCUGCCUGCCUUACGUCAUCGCUGUGGUCGCAGCCAUGACUGUUCGAGAGAUUUUUGAAGACCUCGACAGACCUGCACACAGUGAAGAUGAAAGCUCAAAGCUCACCCAGCGUCGAGCCCGGCUGACCCAGAUGAGAAGGCUGUGGGCCGGACAAGGACCUUCGCUCCUCCUGGGGGACCUUAUGGUCAUGCUGGGUGCUGUUGGUGCUUGUGAAUAUGCUGGCUGCACUCCCAGGUUUUGUGAGGACAAUGGACUGAGGUAUAAAGCCAUGCUGGAGAUCAGGAGGCUGCGAGGUCAACUUACCAACGCUGUGAACGCAGUGUGUCCAGAGGGUGGAGUGUUUGUGGAUCCUAAGAUGACGCCACCAAACGAACAUCAGGUGAUUUGUUUGCGACAGAUUGUUCUGACCGGACUGGGAGACCACCUGGCGAGGCGUGUUCAAGCAGAAGAAAUGUUGGACGCUAAAUGGAAGAAUGGAUACAAGACUCCUCUUAUGGACGACCCGGUGUUCAUUCACCCCAGUUCUGCUCUGUUUAAAACGCUGCCAGAGUUUGUUGUCUACCAGGAGAUCAUGGAGACCUCCAAAAUGUACAUGAGAGGUGUUUCAGCUGUUGAAGCGGAGUGGGUCCCUCAGCUUCUGCCACAGUACUGUCACUUCAGUCCUCCUCUGGAGACGCCGGCACCGAUAUUCUGCUCCUCCACAGGCACCAUCAAAUGUCACAGACCAAGCACCUUCUUCCGUGUGGGCUGGCAGCUCCCUGCAGUGGAGAUGGAGUAUCCAGAAGGUCUGGAUCGCUACAAGCUGUUUGCCAGGUUUCUACUUGAGGGACAGGUUUGUCCCAAACUAAAAAAACACACCGGCCACCUUCUCUCGAACCCCUCCAUCUUGAUGAAAAUAUGGGCAAAGCUGCAGCCAAGAACGGAGGCCUUACUGGCACCACUGGUGUCAAAGAAGGUUGACUGCAGGGAGGCACUCCUUUCUGUCUGGAAGACUGAAGAGAAAUUUCUGUUGUCUGCAUACUGCCAGUGGUUACCUGAAGCUUUGCACCAGGGAGUUGAUAAAAUCUGGCCUCCUGUUUAAAUGGCUGGCAUCAGAAAAGCAAAAAAAAUAACAGUAAACUGGCCAGAGACGACGACCUUCACAUCAGCAGAACCCACUUUACCUUAAAGGGGACCUCCUCAGAUUCUGCUGUUUUUAAAAGUUUAAUCAAAGUGCAACUACAGUAACACACCUACUUUGCUUAGAUUUUAUUUUUUCAUUUUGUAUGUUGUGUAUGACCGGUAAAGUUAUUUCAUUGCAGAAAUAUCUAAG